ACUCAGGGAGGAAUUUUUCCAUAAGCAGGACUAGGAACAAUUUUUGAAAAGUGAGGAGAGGUAGCCAGGAAUAUCGCUUAGUUAUAGAGCACUGUCUAGCACGUGUGAGGUCUCGGUUUUAUCCAACCUUUUUCCUCCCUGGACCAAAAAAAAUGAAGCCUUCCACCACUUCUCUGGUUGUUGCCUAGUUAAUAAUAUUCAACCACUAACUUUCUAUUGCAGGGGGCAGGGAACCUCUCACAAGAGGUCAUUGGUACAGAUGGGACACACAGGCUUAUAUGCUUCUCUGAGGCUAUUGCCUAGAUUGCUAGUUUUCUACAGUCCUUGAAUAUUAUAAAUAUCCAAUGGCCCUGGGCAAAACAAAGGAAAAGUUCCCUAUCCCUAUCAUGCUUACCCGUGUCUAUACUUGAAUUCAGUGGCUCUUGGGGACCUGGGUCUUGUUCUUGGAAAGUUCACAAUAUCAUCGAGAAGACAAAUUUUAAACACUAGAGUAUAUGUGAUAGCAGAUAUUUUAGGGAAACACAAAAAGCAAACCCAGUUUAUUCUGUCUGGAUUUAUGAGGAUGUGAACCUCCAGAACUGAACCUCAAGAGGAGAAAGAGACAAGCCAGCAGGAAAGGAAUGUUUAGUGUUCUUUCAUGGCAGGAUAUGCAAAAGCAGAAAAGGACCAACGAAAGGCAUGUCCCAGCAAGGGGUCCGAGAGUGUCUGCCCUGCUACCCUCACCCUCCAAACUAAGUGGCUUCCAGCUGAGUAGUGAGAGGAAACUUGCUUUUAUUUCCACAUAUCCCCUCUAUUCCCAGUUGGCUCCCUUUUGAUUCUCCUCUCCUUGUGACACAAGAUCUCUGCUCGGAAAAGUGAUAUAGGGAACCUAAGGCAGAAAGAAGAGGCUGGAGAAAUUGUCAGCCCUGAAGGUUCUUUUUAGGAAAUGAUAGCCAUGUGAUAUAAUGUAGACUUGGGGGUUCUAAGAGGCCUUGAAGGUCACUUGUCUGGUCCUCUGUCCUGUGCUUCAAAUGAUAAAUUUGGUUUGGGCAAGUCUCACUUAGUAAGUUUCCCUGUCAUUUCUUCCAGGGCAGAAGAGGAAAGAAACUAACGGGUAUUGAGCACCUACUGUGUGCCAGGCCCAGGCCAGGUUCCCCCCACCUCCAGCCAGUCUGUGCAGACUUGCUGCCUGCUGUGUCAUCGAGAACGAAAAGGCUGGGAAGAAGGGCCUUCACAAAACGGACUGGUGUUGCAAGGUGAAAAGCUGCCCCCUGAUUUCAUGCCAAAGCUCGUCAAGAACCUCCUAGGCGAGAUGCCUCUGUGGGUCUGCCAGAGUUGCCGGAAGAGCAUGGAAGAAGAUGAAAGGCAGACAGGUCGAGAACAUGCCGUGGCGAUCUCCUUGUCACAUACAUCUUGCAAGUCACAGUCUUGUGGGGGUGACUCUCAUUCUUCCUCGUCCUCCUCUUCAUCAUCCUCAUCUUCCUCCUCCUCCUGCCAUGGGAACUCAGGGGAUUGGGAUCCCAGCUCGUUCCUGUCGGCACAUAAGCUCUCAGGGCUGUGGAACUCCCCGCACUCAGCUGGGGCUAUACCAGGCAGCUCACUUGGGAGUCCCGCCAUCCCCGGUGAGGCUUUUCCCAUCUCGGAGCACCACCAGCAUUCAGACCUCACUGCUCCCCCUAACAGUCCCACCGGCCACCCCCCACAGCCAGCAUCUCUGAUCCCUUCUCAUCCUGGCUCCUUUGGCUCACCACCCCACCCGCACCUGCUCCCCAACACCCCAGUGACAUCUUUCCCUGCCCAGGCUUCAGAGUGCCCUGUGUCUGCUGCCACUGCCCCCCACACCCCAGGGCCAUGUCAAAGCCCCCACUUACCUUCCACCAGCAUGCCCCUCCUGAAGAUGCCUCCACCAUUCUCGGGGUGCAGCCACCCCUGCAGCGGGCACUGCAGUGGGCACUGCAGCGGGCCUCUCCUCCCACCACCGAGCUCUCAGCCACUCCCUAGCACUCACAGCAGGGACCCCGGGUGCAAGGGGCACAAAUUUGCACACAGUGGCCUAGCUUGCCAGCUGCCCCAGCCGUGUGAGGCAGAUGAGGGGCUGGGUGAGGAAGAGGAUAGCAGCUCCGAGCGAAGCUCCUGCACCUCGUCCUCUACCCACCAGAGAGAUGGAAAGUUCUGCGACUGCUGCUACUGUGAGUUCUUCGGCCACAAUGCGCCACCCGCUGCCCCGACGAGUCGGAAUUAUACCGAGAUCCGGGAGAAGCUCCGCUCGAGGCUGACCAGGCGGAAAGAGGAGCUGCCCAUGAAGGGGGGCGCCCUGGGCGGGAUCCCUGGGGAGCCCGCCGUGGACCACCGAGAUGUGGAUGAGCUGCUGGAAUUCAUCAACAGCACGGAGCCCAAAGUCCCCAACAGCGCCAGGGCCGCCAAGCGGGCCCGGCACAAGCUGAAAAAGAAGCAGGAAAAAGAGAAGGCCCGGUUGGCAGCAGAAAGUCUGAAGCAGGCGAAUCGUGUUUCUGGGAGCCAGGAGCCAAGGCCUGCCAAAGAGAGGCUCUUAGAGUGGCCUGAUCGGGAGCUGGACCGGGUCAACAGCUUCCUGAGCAGCCGCCUGCAGGAGAUGAAGAGCACUGUGAAGGACUCUCUCUGUGCCAGCUUCAGCGUGUGUGAGCUCAGCAUGGACAGCAGUGGCUUCAUCAAGGAGGGGGCCGAGGAGUCCCAGCCCCCAAAUCCAGUCCCCUCAGACCUCAAUGGCUCCUCAGACCAGCAGCCUGACAUCAACCUUGACCUGUCCCCCUUGACUCUGGGAUCCUCCCAGAACCACACGUUACAAGCUCCAGGCAAGCCAGCCCCACCAUGGGCAGAAAUGAGAGGCCCCCACCCACCAUGGACAGAGGUGAGGGGCCCCCCACCUGGUAUUGUCCCUGAGAAUGGCCUGGUGAGGAGACUCAACACCGUGCCCAACCUGUCCCGGGUGAUCUGGGUCAAGACGCCCAAGCCAGGCAACCCCAGCUCUGAGGAGCCCAGUUCCAAGGAGGCCCCCAGUAGCAAACAGGAACUGUUGGAGCCUGUAGCCACUGUAGGGAAGCCAAAGAAGGGCAAGAGACAGGGCAGUCAGGCCAAGAAGAGUGAGGUGAGCCCAGCCCCCCCGCCUCCAGCCAACCUAGAGGCUCCUAGUGCCAAGAGCCAAGUGCCUGGCCUCAAGCAGCUGGCCAGGGCCUCAGAGCCUCUCAAAGGGGGCAGCUGUGCCGACACUGCAGAGGGCAGCCGGGGCCGGUCAGGACCAGGUUGGGCAGACGGCCCCAAAGCUGCGAAGGAGAAGGGCAGCUCCUGGCAGAACUGGCCCAGUGAGGCCAAGGCACGGCCUCCAGAGCAGGAGUCUGUGCUCCCCUCAGGCCCAGCAAGGCCUCAGAGUUUGCCCCAGGGCAAGGGCCGCAGCAGGAGGAGCCGCCACAAACAGGAGAAGUCCGCUUCCUCGCUGGACGACGUGUUCCUGCCCAAGGACAUGGAUGGGGCGGAGAUGGAUGAGACUGACCGGGAGGUGGAGUACUUCAAGAGAUUCUGUUUGGAUUCUGCAAAGCAAACCCGUCAGAAAGUUGCUGUGAACUGGACCAACUUCAGCCUCAAGAAGACCACGCCCAGCACAGCGCAGUGAGGCUGAGCUUCUGCAAGUCAUUUUGAGGCCUCAAGUACAAGCUGAAAGUCUCCAGUUUCUCCCUCUAUGUGCCCUGCCCACCUGCCCUGACCCUCCCUGCUCCCACUGUCCCGGACCAACCAAAAGCUGAACGGAUGCCAUGCUGUGCUGGGUCCCCAGGACCUCAGCAGAGCUGCUUCCUGGUGCUACGCAGCCUCCACACUCAGAUCCCAGGGACAGGGCUGGCCUGAGGGCCAGGGGUUGAGGGUACUGCUGGCCCAACACUGCUCUCUUUGUGUUUGUUUUUUUUUGUUUGUUUUGUUUUUUUGUUAUUUUUUUUUCAAUUCUUUACUUUUGAUACUGUGAACAUCUUUCAUGCUGAAAGAUAAAAGCAACAUUUGGACACAGA